AUGGCUGUCAUAGGAAGCCAAAUUGGUGAUGUUGAACUAUAUUUGGUGCAAGAAUUUCAUAUUAGGCUGUUGGAGAGUAAAUUAGAAAGGUGUAAUGUUGGUGCGGCUAAGUCUAGUGUGUCAAAAGAAGAUUGUUGUUAUAUUGACAUAACCUUCGAUGAUUGCACUACCUUUAAAGAUACUACAGUGCCAGUUGAAGUUAUUGAGGAAGAAGAUGACUGCAUUGUUGAUGAUGAUGCAGAAUUAGAGUCUACUGAUGCUGAAAGUUUUCAUGAUAGUGAUUAUGACUUUAGCAAAGAUGAAGAUGAUGUGAUUUUUCCAAAAGUUGUUGCUAGAAAAACAGCAGCAUGCAAACAAGAAAGUAACAAAAAUGGGGCUGACGAGGAUGACUUGAAUCUAUAUGGUGGAGAUCCCAUUGUAGUGCAUGAAGAAUCAGCCACAAUCAACACUGAGGAUCUAAAUAACUGCUGUGAGUCCUCGGAUGAGGACAGUUUAAGAAUAAGGAAGCCAAGAUAUAUCAGGUUUAGGCCUGAAAUUGACAUGGCAGAACCAAAAUUUUAUGCUGGGUUGUUAUUCGACGAUAAACAAAUCUUCAAGAGAGCAGUUGAUUACUGUGGUGUGAAAUGGGGAAAAGUUUUUCAAUGGAAAAAGAAUGAUAUUAGAAGAAUGAGGGCUAAUUGCAAGGAUGCAAAUUGCAGCUGGUUCAUUUAUGCUUCUAAAGAGGCUAAUAAUGAUGCAUUUGUCAUACGAACCAUGGGACCACCUUGUCAUUGUGGUAGGACAUGUUAUCACAAAAGGGCCAAUUCAGGUUUCUUAAGUAGACAUUACAUGGAAUUCCUUAGGCUGAAUAAGAAGGUGACAGUUGCACAAUUCAUGGAAAAAGUUCACCUUGAACUCAAUGUCAACAUCACUAAGCACCAGGCAAGCAAGACUUUCAUGAAGGCCAAGUUGUUGAUUCAUGGUAGUUACAAAAAUCAAUACAGAAAGCUGUGGGACUAUUGUGAAGAACUGCUUACAUGUAAUCCCGAGACAACAGUGCAUAUGGAGACCAUACUUGACGAAAGCAGUGGUAAGGAUAGAUUUUUAAGAUUGUAUAUAUGCUUUGAAGCGUUGAAAAGAGGGUUCAAAGUUGGUUGUAGACGUGUGAUUGAGGUGGAUGUUUGUCACUUGAAGGGUCCCCAUCUAGGAAUAUUGUUAACAACAGUUGGUAUUGAUGCAAAUGACUGCAUUUAUCCUGUUGCUUAUGCCGUGGUGGAGGUCGAAAAUAAAAAUUCUUGGAAGUGGUUCAUAGAAUUCUUGAAGUAUGAUUUGUCAAUUUCUGAACAGAAGAGCUGGACUAUCAUUAGUGAUAGGCAAAAGGGUUUAGGAUCUACUAUUGAAGAAGUGAUUCCAGAGUAG